AUGUCGUUUGCGCAACCUCUCGCGACGCCUGUUCAGGUUCAUAUAGUAGGGUGCCCGGGAGACUGGGGGCGAUUCUCGCCUGGCAUUGCCGCUGUGCUUCUCGGGCUUGAUACUCAUCCAGUUGAGACUCAGGAUAUAAUUCUUCGCGAGUUAUCACUAGAUGAGCGGGAAGCGCUUAUGCGCACUGCGUGGAAGGUUUCCGAGCGCCUGCUUCUUCUUCUCGAGGCUGAGCAUUGUGCGCCCCAAUUGGGAAAAGACCCUCGAACUGCGAUCGUCGUUUUGAAUCUUCCUACGCACGAGCCGUGUAUCCCUGUUUCUUCCACACCAUGGUCGGGCCACCUUCCUGACAACCCCGGUCUCGUUGACCGGCGGUUCGCCCUUGUCGUGACUACCCAAGAAGAACACGAGAAGGGAACAAGGAAGUGUCAUCGAUCUUCUGGGAUGCAUGAAUUGAAUGAGGAAAGUAUUGGCAGCUCCGGAGAGGUCUCCGUGGCCAGUCGAGACUCCUUGGCCAGCCGUGAUUCGUGCUCGAAUGAGUACUACACCAUUGGCUCCGACGGCGAGCACCAGCCUUUCGGUGCCGCGCACCUGCUUUUACCCUGUCCCGUGCAUGAUCAAGUGCCAUUUGCGCUGGUAUGCGUUGCAGAAGAGGCUGAGAUCUACAGCGCUAUGUGCAGUGCGCUCAUGCAACGCGACGUCUUUGGUGUUCGCGAUGUGCUCGCCGGAUUUGCUUUCUCCUCGGACGAGUGUACAAUUCAGCUGGUUCUUGCGUGGCUGGAAGAUGAUAUUUCGCAUUCAUGCUCUCAGGUUCACGUAGCUCAUGCUGAUCCCACGACUUACCGGGCGGUCCACGGCCUUGGUGUAUUCGAUCUGUCUGACAUGCAUUCGGCCUGGGUGCAUGCCCUGUUCCUUGCCACUCUUCGGGGGGCGCUAACGGCUUGCGCGUCCACGGCGCAAACACAUGCCCCGGAGACGUAUCGGCGCUUAUCAAUAGGGGACCCAAGGUCCUGGCGAAUAGAUCUUAUCGCGGAGGACGGAUAUGUUGAAGGGUGCGACCCGACCUUGAUUACUGAUCAGCGUGUGCGGCGUUGGCUCGCCAGUUGCACGGUUGCAGAAGGUGCGGACAGAUCACCACACCCCAUCUUCGACCAGCCCUCGGGGCCUCCGUCAGUCUUAUUCACACUUCGCGCCUUUUCUGUCGCUCAUCACUGGUUGCAGGAUGAGAAGCAGGAGCCAGUCCUCGCAAAGAGGUCUAACAAGUUCCCCAGCUCGGGUCCUGAAGAUGUGGCCGCCGACUUUUGGGCAAACAAGUGCUUGCAAGAUCGGUAUAAUGAGCUCCGAAAGAAGCAACUUGCGCAUGCAGUACGGCCCUCGCCGGUCCUUCUGACUGUUUGGCAUUCAGCUAUGCUCGAGCGAAGAGUGCCUCCAGGCGAGUUUGCAUCAUGUCUUAGCGAAGUCCUUUCCCUGAUACAGAUUUAUGUCGACCGCUGUAUCGCGUCUGCUGCGUACCCGCCCGUGUACCAACCUGCGUCCUUCAUCCCCCAAGUCUUGUAUAACAUCAUGCAGAAGGUUCUCCUUCCCAGAUUAUGCCCUGUGCAUCCGCUCCUGACCGUGAGCUUGACCUCGGCGGAGGAGAUAAUCCGAAACGACGACCACGAGAGAAAAUGCCUCAUAUACGACACCAAAGAAAGUACUGGUGUUUUUCACACACUCAACGCAGAGCAUACGCAUGUCUGGUACCAAUAUCAUAGCGAACUGGCCCUUCAGCAAGCUCUCCGGGCAUAUUGUAAUUUCGAUCUCCUGCACCCCCUCGAUGACGACCAGUCGGCAACCGCUCGAAGUCUUCUCAUGUCACGACUACCCAAUACACUGUUUCAGUCGGGACGGACCCCGAGCGGCGCGGGACCAUGGCCUGAUUUGAACGAAGUUGAGUGCAGGCAACAGUGGGAUAGUAUCAUUAGUGGUUAUCUAAGCGGCCGGGCCCCAGUCCCUAUCACUGCUGAGGCAGAGUUGGGACAUCACAUUCACAGUCGGCAAGUUCUGGAGCGGUUCACCCCGCUUUCUCGAAACACUCUGUUCGACGUGAUCUGCAGCGAUCUGGACAACAAGAACUUGAAGAAGACAUGUGCAAUACGGCAUGACCAUUACUUCACUUUCGCGCGCGUAUAUGAGAGCGCUGACUCCUACCCUUCUUUUGACUUCAAGCUCCCCUCGUUAGAAUUCCUGCCCGGUCGGGAUGGCGAUUUAAUCAGCAACUUGGUGGAUGACUUUUCUUCCUCAAUGCAGGAUUUUUGUGCUCGCGCGGAUCGGAAUCUCCUUCAAGACCGAAAGUGGCGGAUAGCUGGGAUGUCUAUGUAUCUCAACCGGGCGGCGAAACUGGAAGCGCUUUAUUCGCGUACGCUCCAGCACGACUUUGACUAUGCCAUCUGCGAUGGUAUAGUGUUCGCCGAGAUUCCGAAUGUCUUUGAGGAUUUGGACCACCAUCUCAAAGAUCAGAUACUCAGUUCAUGGAUUGUGGAUGCCUCCAAGUCACAUGAUCCAAAGGAAGCCUUGAAGGAAGAGGAUACCAUUGAUAUCACAUCCCGAGAGAAUGAACCAUUGCGAGAUUCCGGGCCGCUGCUAGCUCAGGAGAUUCGCAGGUUCACGCAUGCGAUUAAGCCUGCGGCAUUAUUCGCCGACGGCGACAUUCCCCAAGGUGCCACUACUGACUCAUCAUCUGAUGCUCAGGCUGGGCAAGUGCCCUUGGCAAACGCCAGCCUUUCAAUGGCUGUCAGUGCCCCGUCUCAGAAGACGCCCAGCCUGACACCUACUGAUGCAGUCUCCGGUCCGAAAAUGGACCAUGCGGCUACUGGCUCACCCCAAGCCGGGGAGUGGAAGUCCGUCUAUUUACCAAUCUUGUACUGCGAGUACAAACACGGUCGCAUUCAUCCUCUUCAGGGAUUGAAUCAAGCACGGGUCUACGUCUCUUCCGGCACCAAAUAUUAUGAGACGAUGGGCAUGUUUGAUGUGCCAGUCUUCGCCAUCGCCACCGUUGGGACGAAGGGCAGGCUCCUAUGUGGUUGGGCUGAACAAGUCCCAACCCCGGACCCUACGCGGCUGGAAGAUAUAAGGAAAGACCCUGUAUGUGCACCAGUUCCUCGACGGCGUCGUCGAUUGUUGACUCCCUCCUGA